AUGCCGUUCAAACCCCUCGAGGAUAAGAUUCUUGUAGAGAGAGUUGAAUCCAGCACCGAGAAGGGAAAAGAUCUCUCCAUCCCCGACCACGUCGAAGGGAAAGUUGUGUCCGUUGGGAAGAGAGUCGCCGAAGAUGGAACUUUGAUCUCUCCUGGCUUGAAAUCUGGAGACACUGCCGCUGGAACAGAGAUCCAAAUUGAUGGUGUAGAGCAUAUUAUCCUCAGGGAGGAUGAAGUACUGGGUGUGAUUGAGUGA